GGUGAUGUUGGUGGGCCUCAAUUCCUUUCUGCGCGUGGAAGUAUGAGGGGCCUGGCCGCGGCUUUUCGAGUAGCCGAGCAGUGGUCACUUCGGGAGUGAGAUGACCUCCAUCUUACGAAGUCCUCAUGCUCUCCAGCUCACUCUAGCUCUGAUCAAGCCUGAUGCAGUUGCUCACCCACUGAUUCUGGAGGCUGUUCAUCAGCAGAUUCUGAGCAACAAGUUCCUUAUAGUUCGAAUGAGAGAACUACUAUGGAGAAAGGAAGAUUGCCAGAGAUUUUACCAUGAGCAUGAAGGGCGUUUUUUCUAUCAGCGACUGGUGGAGUUCAUGGCCAGUGGGCCAAUCCGAGCAUACAUUCUCGCCCGCCAGGAUGCCAUCCAGCUCUGGAGGAAGCUCAUGGGACCUACCAGGGUAUUUCGAGCACGCCACAUAGCCCCAGAUUCAAUUCGUGGGAGUUUUGGCCUCACUGAUACCCGCAACACCACCCAUGGCUCAGAUUCUGCAGUUUCAGCCAGCAGAGAGAUUGCAGUCUUCUUCCCUGACUUCAGUGAACAGCGCUGGUAUGAGGAGGAGGAGCCACAGUUGCGCUGUGGCCCUGUACACUACUGUCCAGAGGGAGGCAUCCACUGUGCAGCUAAAACAGAAGGCCCAGGACCAGCCUGAUAGAGACCUGUCAGUCUCUGAUAACUGAUGGUAAUGCCUUGCCUUCUCUCAUAGACCAGGAAAGCCUAGGCUCAUGGUGCCUAGAAGAGGCUGGGCACCACUACAUGCCACAGGGUCUAGCUUACCACUGCACAUCUUACAGUAUAUGCAAUCUGUCUACCUCUUCUCUGGAAUGUACAUGGAUGGUUAAGAAGUUCUGUUUUUGCUGAGAACUACACACACACACACACACACACACACACACACACACAGGGAAGCUUAUGUGAGCACAUAGAGGCACCCAGUGGUAGAACUGAGUGUAGACUCAAAACCAUGACAUUCAUCUUGGCAUAGGGCUGUGUCCUAGAGGUAGAGGCACUUCUUAUUUGAGCCAAAGUGUAUCGGCCCAGGGGAGGCAUGUUUUUAAGAUACAUUUCUUUCUAAUUUGCACAAAGGCACCAAAAGUAGUCAUGUCUGUACUAUAACAGUAUAAUAGUUUUAUUUUGCUGCAUUACGUAUUACCUUAAACUUCAGUGACUUAAAAUAACAAUGAUUUCUUCUAUGUGUCUGUGGGCUGGCUGGGUGAUUCUACUGGUUUCAUUUAGAUUCAUUCAUGUGGCUACAUUCAACUUGUGGGUCUCACAUGGUGUUUCAUCCUGAACUUCUUAGCAAUUAUUUCAAGGUUCCAAGAGGGAAGGCCCCCAUUCAAGUUUAUGCAGCUUUUGCUAUGUCACGUUUGCUAAUGUCUCAUUGUCCAAGAAAGUCACUUGGCCAAGCCCAGAUUCCAUGAGAAGGAGAAUACAUAAGAACAUAGAUAUGGAGAUGUAAAUCACUGGAGGCCAUUAUCAUGACAGUCUAACACACUGGGAGUUGUGAAAAGCCCUAAAAAAAUGUUAGAGGAGGUUACCUUGUGUGAAGGCUGGUCAGCUAGAGAUAGUGGGCUGAACCAUUUAUAUUGUUGCACUCUCUUUUGGUUUAGAAUGAAAGGUCUAGAGAACCUUCUUCCACUUGAACCUCUAAAUGUAUCUUCAUGUGUACCCAGCUCCUGUCUUCCUAUUAUGACAUAAGAAGAGUCCUAUUCCCAUUAAACCAGUCUCUUUGUGCUUGGAAUCCCUUCUCCUUGCUCUUUUGGUUAUCAGUCUCUGCUGCAUCCUUUAUCUUUCUCCAUUCAGUCCUACCCCUUCAAAUUAAAAC